UGCGCCUCAGCCCGCGCGCUCGCAGCUUCUCGCUCUCUCCGCCCGCCCUCCUGCUCCCUUGCUUGCUCGCGCUUUCCUCGCGGAUUGAAGAGACUCUGCCUACAGCUUGUGGCUGGGAAGGGAGACGGAGGCCGCAGCUCAGGGAAAGUGAAGCUGCAGUAGUGGUGGUAGGAAGAUGUCGGGCGAAGACGAGCAGCAGGAGCAAACUAUCGCCGAGGACCUGGUCGUGACCAAGUAUAAGAUGGGGGGCGACAUCGCCAACCGGGUCCUUCGAUCUUUGGUGGAAGCUUCCAGCUCAGGUGUGUCAGUACUGAGCCUGUGUGAGAAGGGUGAUGCCAUGAUUAUGGAAGAGACAGGGAAAAUCUUCAAGAAAGAAAAGGAAAUGAAGAAAGGUAUUGCCUUCCCCACCAGCAUUUCGGUAAACAACUGUGUGUGCCACUUCUCCCCUUUGAAGAGUGACCAGGACUAUGUACUCAAGGAAGGUGACUUGGUGAAAAUUGACCUUGGGGUCCAUGUGGAUGGCUUCAUUGCUAACGUGGCUCACACUUUUGUAAUUGGUGUAGCUCAGGGGACCCAGGUAACAGGUCGGAAAGCAGAUGUCAUUAAGGCAGCUCAUCUUUGUGCCGAAGCUGCCUUACGAUUGGUCAAGCCUGGAAACCAGAACACACAAGUGACAGAAGCCUGGAACAAAGUUGCUCACUCGUUUAAUUGCACACCAAUAGAAGGUAUGCUCUCACACCAGUUGAAGCAACAUGUGAUCGAUGGAGAGAAAACCAUUAUCCAGAAUCCGACAGACCAGCAGAAGAAGGACCAUGAAAAGGCUGAAUUUGAGGUACAUGAAGUUUAUGCUGUGGAUGUCCUCGUGAGCUCAGGAGAAGGCAAGGCCAAAGAUGCAGGACAGAGAACCACCAUUUACAAGCGAGACCCCUCUAAACAAUACGGCCUGAAAAUGAAAACUUCACGUGCCUUUUUCAGUGAGGUGGAGAGACGUUUUGAUGCCAUGCCCUUUACUUUAAGAGCAUUUGAAGAUGAGAAGAAGGCUCGAAUGGGUGUGGUAGAGUGUGCCAAACAUGAGUUACUACAGCCAUUUAAUGUUCUCUAUGAGAAGGAGGGUGAAUUUGUUGCCCAGUUUAAAUUUACAGUCCUCCUCAUGCCCAAUGGCCCCAUGAGGAUAACCAGUGGUCCCUUUGAACCUGAACUCUAUAAGUCUGAGAUGGAAGUCCAGGAUGCAGAGCUAAAGGCUCUUCUCCAGAGUUCUGCAAGUCGAAAAACCCAGAAAAAGAAGAAAAAGAAGGCCUCUAAGACUGCAGAAAGUGCCACCAGUGGAGAGACAUUAGAAGAGAAUGAAGCUGGGGACUGAGGUGGGUCCCUUGUCCCAGCUCGUCGCUCCUGCCUAGUCCCCACCCCCGCCCAGGCUCUGACGUGCAGUUGUCUUCUCCACCCGAGACCACCAGCAGAGCGGGGUCUUCUGCCCUCAUCCCAGCCCCCACCCACUCACCCACUCUGUCCAACGAAAAACCAGCUCCAACUGACUCUGGUCUUGGGAGGCCAGGCUUCCCGAAAGCCACUGAAGACUACUUUCAGUAGAAAAAGAAAUUGAAUAAUAAAAUCAGGAGUCAAAAUC